UGGGCGUUCCUUCCGGAUCGCUAGAGCACACCGCUCCUCAUUCUCGUGCCCGAUCUUCUCCCUCUCUCCCAUCACGGCGUAUUAAUGCUCUACCCUAGCGCUCCGCGGUCGCCAUGCAGAACUACAAGGAGCACCUCUAUAAGAUCCUGGUAAUAGGGGACCUGGGGGUGGGGAAGACUAGCAUCAUCAAGCGCUAUGUCCACCAGAACUUCAGCCCCAACUACCGGGCCACGAUAGGAGUGGACUUCGCCCUAAAGGUCCUUAACUGGGACCAAGAGACGGUUCGGCUACAGUUAUGGGAUAUAGCAGGUCAGGAGCGGUUUGGGAACAUGACGAGGGUGUACUACCGUGAGGCCAUGGGGGCAUUCAUCGUGUUUGAUGUGACGCGGCCUUCCUCCUUCGAAGCUGUCGCCAAGUGGAAGGAGGACCUGGACUCUAAACUCACGCUGGCCAAUGGGAAAAAUGUGGCCGCUGUGCUAUUGGCUAAUAAGUGUGACCAGGGGCGGGACGUGCUGACCAACAACGGGAUCCAGAUGGAGAAGUUCUGUCAGGAGAACGGCUUUGUGGGAUGGUACGAGACUUCUGCCAAGGAGAAUAUUAAUAUAGAUGAAGCAGCUAACUGUCUGGUGAAGCAUAUCAUCGCCAACGAGAAUGAUCUCCUCCAAUCAGAAGUCCCAGACACCAUCUCCCCGCAAUUAAACUCUGGCAGGGGCGGGACCUGCUCCUCCUGUUUCAGAUCAUAGAACACCUCCACCACCAUCACUACACACACCUCCACCAGGACCUCCACCACCGUCACUAUACACACCUCCACCAGGAC